AUGGCGUCCACGAGCGGCAAGUGCCUCCAGGGAACCCAGUGGUGCCUUGGGGGCGCCUCGAGCGGCGUGUUUGGUCGACCCGUGGGGGUGGCACACAAGCAGCAGCGCCGGCGAGGGGCAGAGCAUAUGGUUGUGUUUGCCAAGAAAGGCAAGAAGACGAUGCGGAUGAGGGGAGGUCCCGCCCAAACUCGGCAGCUGCCGCCGACGCCCCCAAUCGACCCAGACAAUGAGGAGUUUGUCAUUUUCGUGCGUUCCAAGUUGCUGCCACGGUGGUACCCCUACAGCAUAAUGAAGGGCGGGUGGAGUGCCAAUGCCCUUGCCAAAUCGCAGCAGAACGAAUGGGGAAAGAAGCUGUACAGCGAUACUCUGGUGAAGAAUGUUGGUCAAGCAUUGUACAAGGAAAUUGACCAGGUCGAGAGGAGUGUCAGAAAGAAUUACCCGCCUCUUAAAGACGCGAAGGAGCUGGAGUACGGCUUCAAGAUCAGGGACCGGGAGCAGCCCGAAAAGUGGUACGUGGCUGAGGACGUCAAGCUCAUUCCCCCCGCGGAGGAAGUCAAGGGCCUUCUGGAUGACCUCCAGGAGGGAUUCGAAGGCGUCACGAAGGGCUUUCAGGACGCCUUCAACUUUGGCGGCAAGAAGAAAUAG